AUGAACAGAUGCAGCAACACAGAUGAUAAAAAGACUGACAAGCAGCUCACGAAAGAUGACAAACAAGAUGGAGAAAGGAAACACAAGGUUGACAAGAAAGAUGACAAAGAAGUAAAACAAAAUAAACAGAGAAAAAUAAAAGAUUAUUUGAUCAUGGACCCCGCUACAGACCUAUAUUAUUACUGGCUUAUCAUUGUGGCAGCGCCUGCAUUCUACAAUCUGAUGAUGCUUGUGACCAGAUCCUGUUUCAAUGAGCUCCAAAAAGAUUACACCAUGCUAUGGGUAGCACUGGACUAUACUUCAGAUGUUAUCUACUACAUUGACACUUUUAUAAGAUCCAGAACAGGUUUUCUGGAGCAAGGCUUGCUCGUUAAAGAUUCCAAGAGGCUGUGGGAACACUACAAAAAAACACCUCAAUUUAAAUUCGACCUGAUAAGCAUGAUGCCAACAGACUUAUUAAUGUUGCAGUUUGGCAUUGACAGCCCAGAGCUGAGAUUCAAUCGCCUUUUUAAAAUGGCUCGUCUUUUUGAGUUUUUUUACCGAACUGAGACAAGGACCAACUUUCCUAAUAUAUAUCGAAUCGGCAACCUUGUGCUCUAUAUUUUAAUAAUCAUACAUUGGAAUGCAUGCAUUUUUUUUGCUAUCUCCAAAACACUUGGCUUUGGAAGUGAUGCCUGGGUUUAUCCUAACAUUAGCGAUCCUAAGUAUGGCCGCCUGUUUAGGAAGUAUACCUACUGUCUGUACUGGUCCACAAUCACCCUGACCACUAUUGGAGAAACUCCACCACCUGUUAGGGAUAUUGAGUAUUUGUUUGUAAUUAUAGAUUUUCUCAUUGGUGUGCUAAUUUUCGCCACUAUUGUUUCUAAUGUUGGUGCAAUGAUCGCCAACAUGAAUGCUUCGCGUGCUCUAUUUCAAGAACAGAUUGACUCCAUAAAGCAGUACAUGCAGUUCCGUAAGGUCAAUAAAGAUUUAGAGGCCCGUGUUGUCAAGUGGUUUGACUACAUUUGGACAGAGGACAAGACCUGCAAUGAAAAGGAAGUUCUUAAAUACCUUCCAGAUAAGCUAAAGGCAGAGAUUGCCAUCAGUGUGCAUUUGGAAACACUGGGGAAGGUGCGUAUAUUUCAGGAUUGUGAGGCAGGACUGCUCAUCGAGCUAGUGCUCAAGCUUCGGCCGCAGGUCUUCAGCCCUGGAGACUAUAUCUGCAAGAAGGGUGACAUCGGUCGUGAAAUGUAUAUUAUCAAAGAAGGUAACCUGGCUGUGGUAGCAGAUGAUGGCAUAACACAAUUUGUAGUACUGAGUGAUGGUGCCUAUUUUGGUGAGAUUAGUAUCUUGGGCAUCAAAGGCAGUAAAGCUGGGAAUCGACGGACUGCCAACAUACGUAGUGUAGGUUACUCUGACCUCUUUGCCCUCUCAAAAGACGACCUCAUGGAGGCCCUGACUGAAUAUCCAGAGGCCAAGAGCAUUCUGGAAGAAAAAGGUAGGGCCAUAUUGUUGAAGGAUGGUUUGAUUGAUGAGACACUGGCAAACCAGACAGAAGCCAUAGACUUGGAAGACAAAGUGGCCAAAAUGGAAACUAAUGUAGAGACAAUACAAACCAAAUUAACACACAUAUCAGCAGAGUGGGCAGCCAGGCAGGGUAGAGUCAAGCAAAAGCUUAUCAAUAUGGAGGCCAGAGUUAAAGCAUUCUGGUUAAAUGAACAACUCAAUGCAAUUGAGAAUUUAAAAAGCUAA